GUACGAUGACACGUUGCAGUGCAUGUCAUUUUGAGAACGAGCAGGCCGGAAUCAGGAGUCGGGGACUGGUGCGCAAGCACCGUUACGAUAAUGACAAUGUCACUUGCAGCGGGGUGCGAAACUGACCAUCGGGAUUAACAAACAUCAUGGGGUGGUCCGAGGUCGACCAGUCAGAUCUCAGCUUCCUGCGAGACGCUACUUCUUGUUCGGAAAUCACACAACUCAUUCCAUGUCCCUGACUCUUCAUAGCGCUAAAUUUGAGGUCCUCAGGCUCUCCCACACUUUUAAGUUUUGAGUAACAGCUGAUGAGUCGAUGCAAAACUCCAAAGCCACCUUGGCUGCUCCUGGCUUCGGAAGCGCCUCAGUUACCAUUUUCUUCAAACCCGACGUCAUUCCCCUUCUUGACAAGCUUUCGCCAGCCACUAAAGCUAUCUGGGCUGUAAAUACCAUGGGCCAUACCGGUCAUCGAAGGAGGAAACCGCAUCCUCUUGGGAAACAACACCAACUGGUUCGGCUUUCGUGAAUCCAUCCGCUCUCGUGCGCUAUCUAUUGGUGCGCUUGCUGCCGCCCUCGUCAUCGGCGCAGGACGAACCGCCAGAGCCGCCAUCAUUGCGCUUUAGUCCCUGGGGGUUCAACGCAUCUACCCGCUCAACCGGACUAUAAGCAAGGGGCAGGUGCUCAUCGAAGCAUUCCUCGACAUCCCCAUCAAGCUGAUCGAGGUGCUUGAUGCUUGGCCUGCUGAAGGACCUGCACCAACUGUCAUCGUAUCCACCGUUCCAGCGACCGUAACAAAUACUAAUAGUACUAGCCCGGGAUCUGUACUUCUUCCGUU